AUGCGAUCGACGACGGUGAAAACGCGCGACGACGUCGAAAAUAAAGCCGCGCGCGCGUUAGAGGCCGCGCGGGCGUUUCUCGCGCGUUCGCCCGCGGGUCACGGGAAAAACUCGACGCCCAGAGAGCGAGAGACGGGGGAGAAGACGAACGGUUGGCGAAUGAAAGAAUCAGCCGCGGAUGAGACAUCGUCGACGACGACGGCGGUGACGACGACGACGACGGGAGGGACGGCGGAGCGAACGAGGGAUGGAGUCGUCGAGGGUGUACCCGAGGCGAGAGACGAGAGUCCGUCGACGCGGACGCGGACGGAGACGAAUCUCGUGGAGGCGUUCGAGGAGGCGGACGACGCGCGGACGCGCGCGGCGCCGGCGACGCCGGCGUCUCCGGCGCUCGAGCUGUCGUCGAGCGAAGACGAGGGCGCUGAUGAUGCGAGAGGUGCGUCGAAUUCGGACGAGGGAGCGAUGCGGGAGACGAGGGACGCGGACGCGGGCGUCGUCGCGGCGCUUCGAGCGGACGUGGCGCGACUGCACGAGGCGCUGGAGAGCGAGCGUUGGAUGCGAGAGUCCUACGAGGCGCGCGUGCUCGAGGCGGAGAAGAUCGCGGAGGAAGCGAAGGCGAAGACGAUUGAAACCGCGCUGGAUCCCGUGAAUCAGUUGACGGCGGAGCAAGUGUCCGCGCUACGAGCGGAGAUUGAACAGGUGGAGUAUCUCAAGCGUUUGCUCGCGAGGGCAGAACAGAUGCGCAACGCGGCGCGACAGGAGACGAAAACCGCUCGAGACAAGCACGAAAAGGAUUUACGAAUCAUUCGCGAGGAAGUGACGACGAUGGAGUCGGAGAUGGAGAAUUUGCGACGACGAGUGAAGGUUGACAAGGCAAAGUUUGAGGCGAUGGAGCGCGCCACAGUGGAAGCCGCCGACGAGUUCGCCUUGCUCUUCUCGCGUCAGGAAAACACUAGACGGUUACUUGCCGGGGCGAUUUUCGUCAUAAUUGCUCUCGCGACUCGCAUCGUCAUGAAUGGACAAGGGUGGACGUUACCGAACAUGUACAUGUAUUAA